GUCCAUAUAAUAAUCGGAUGCAUGUAAAAGAGCCUGGACGCAUCGACAUGUCGACCACGGGUCCCAUAACAAAUUAUUAUGUGGACUCACUGAUCAACCAUGAGAAUGAGGAUGUUCUCGCUGCCAGUCGAUUUUCAGCGGCUGGUUCUCAUCCCGCUGGCUCUCGCCCGACGACCCUAGUCCCGGAGUGUGCCGACUUCCCUUCCUGCAGCUUCGCACCAAAGCCAGCCGUAUUCUCCAGCUCCUGGGCUCCCGUUCACUCGCAGUCCUCUGUCGUUUACCAUCCUUACAGUCACCAGCCACACUUAAGCACAGACUCGCGGUACAUGCGCUCAUGGCUGGAGCCUAUCUCCGGGGCAGUGCCUUUCCACGGCUAUCCAGGGAACAGCAGGCAUUAUCAGGAGCACAGAGCCGGAGAGUGUCUUGGCUCCAGCGGAAGGACCUUCACGGAUUAUAUGUACUGCUCCCCCACUGACAUACGUGACAAGACCCAACCGAACGUGCCCUCUCCCGAAUCGGAGUUUCUGACUUCAGGAAAACAUAAAGACGACAAGCCGGAGCUAGACCCGAACAAUCCAGUGGCAAAUUGGAUACACGCCCGAUCGACGAGGAAGAAGCGAUGCCCUUAUACAAAAUACCAGACUCUUGAACUGGAAAAGGAAUUUUUGUUUAAUAUGUACCUUACAAGGGAUCGGCGUUAUGAAGUCGCCAGGGUCCUGAAUCUGACCGAGAGGCAGGUCAAAAUUUGGUUUCAGAACCGACGAAUGAAGAUGAAGAAAAUGAAUAAAGAAAAGGGAGAGGGUAAAGAACAAUAAUAAAGGACUAUAUUUGUCAAAUCACAAGUAGAACCACUAGUGAAUGGACAGCACAGAUGAACCAAAACACCGCGUUUCCUCUUUGUAUUUAUCACUUUGUCCCAAUUUAUAGUCUUCUUAGUUGUUUUGAAGCUGUUUGUCUUUCUCAGUGCACAAUUUCGUGUCCUUAAAAUAAUUAAAUGUAUAGAAAUAAUAAAGAGAGGACUAUAGGCUCAGUCAUUUUCUUUGUAUUUUAUUGUAUAAUAAUUAAUACUGUUUGGAUAGCCUACUGUCUUUGGAGAGAAUACUUGAAUUCAUUUAGAUUUCAUAAACACAAUAAUUUAUUACGUGUAUGUGUCUUUCAUUUUUUGAUACCUUGUUGCUGCUCAGGUGGGUUUUAUCCAAACACCUGCGCUCGCACGGUUGCCUUGUAUUUUGUUAUACUUAUUGUUGUAUUUGUGCUUCAGCUUUCUUUGACUGUAACAUAUUCUGAAUAAGAAAGACGUGUGAAAAUAGAUUUGUGUAAAUACAAACAUAAAAACUAAAUAAAUUAGUGGAUUGUCCGUUGAUCUUGACC